UUAGCCGGGGCUUGGUUCAUACCGGCUGCAGGACUGACAGGUAUCCGUGCCGUAAAAACUCACAAAUAGGCUGCUGUAGCUGAAAGGUGAUGACUGACAAGGGUUACUUGUGCGAUUUAUUUUUAUAGAGACCCACGCCAAACCACCAGCCCCGGGCUUCCAAAUUGGCACUCACCUGGUUCAUACGCACCAGGUGCUCACGCCUCGUCCCGUCCAAUUGACGCUCUUGAGAUGCAGCGUCACCGCAAAGACCAACCGACCGGGCUUCAUUCCUCAAGUCACAUCAUCACAGUCCCAUGGCGUGGCGCAAUCCAUACCUUAAGAACACUGCAGUUGAAUGUCAGUUUUGACUCAUAAGAUAGCUGCAUUACGCAUGCGGGCCCCGUUGUUUCUGCUGGCGGCUCGGAGCAGUCGACUUUUGAGCAAUUGGAUGGUGCUGUGGCACCGCGGCCACCUUCAAUUAUAGGACCAAGUUUAAUGUCUGUGGAGAUCGGAACAAAACAGAUUAAAAGUCAAAGCGAAUGGCUGCAUACAGACGUCAGACAAGUUAAAAGAACUUGUUUGCCCAAUCAUGAGGGACAGACUGAGCAACCUGCAGGAAAUGUCCAACAGCCAUGUGGAGCCAAUGGAGUGUGCAGAGUCCACUGCCUCCGACUCCUUCAGCAAUGUGGACCUGGAGGAGGAGUUGCCCCAUGAAGCGGUAGUGUUUGACAACACCUCCGCUGUGGGGGAGAUCUAUUCCCAGUCGCAGGAUAUCCACAGAGAGGUCCAGCUCAUCCGUCUGGAUGUCAAAAGACUUCGUGAGCAGAACUCCCGCAUGCUCCAAGGUGUCACCACCAUGAGCACUAUCAAAAGGGACUCCAAUGCCAUUGGUGCUGAUAUAAAGGCUCGGGCUGAGGGUGUGCUAGCACAGCUGAAAGAAAUGGACGGCACAGCCCACAAGCUAGAAGAAGUACAUGGCUCAAAUUCUGCCGUCACACGUAUAGCGAGAACCCAGUAUGCUUGCCUCAGCAAUGGCUUCCGCGAUGCCAUGUUUGACUAUAAUGAGGCUGAGAUGAGCCAUCGGGAGAACUGUAAAGCCCAGAUCCAGAGGCAAAUGAUGAUAGUGGGACGGGAGGUGACAGGAGAGGAGGUGGAGGAGAUGAUUGAGACAGGCCAGUGGAACAUCUUUACUGACAAUGUUGUGAGCGAGGGUAAAACGGCUCGAUCGGCUCUGUCCCAGAUCGAGAAACGUCACCAAGAGUUGGUAGACCUGGAGACUCGUAUCAACGGCAUCCAUGAGAUUUUCCUGGACAUUGCCCUGCUGGUGGAGGAGCAGGGCAGCAUGCUGACCUCAAUCCAAACCAACGUUCAGAAAACUGAUGAACACUUACAGGAUGCGCUCGUCAAACUUGGCAGGGCCAAACGUCAUGACAGAAACAAUCCCUUCAAAAAGAUGUUUUGCAGCUGUUUCCCAUGCUUUGAUUAAUGAUUGUAGAGUACAGAGAUGUGUAGAGGGGUGGCAAAACAUGGAACUUUCUGUCCAAAAACAAGUGUAGUUCAAGUUCAAGUUGUUGUGUCUGGACUGAAAGGCAAAUAUUAUAGGGUAAAAUAUUUAAAAUUUGUAUUUAUGGAGGGUUUGAGACAGGUAUCUAAAAUCAGAAUUAAUUACCCCCUCACUCCACCCCUCCACCCACAUUCACCCCCACACCCCCUGUGACUGAGGUGUGAUGCAGACAUGAAACAAAAUGAAACAUAGUAUUUGACAAUGUUUUUCAUAUUUUUAUAGCUUGCUGAAUUACCAAACACCACAGUUUUAUGACCGUCAGACCACCUUUCUUGAAACAGCAGAAUUUUUUUCAUAGUUGAUCUGUCCUCAUCAUGCUGCCUUACAUAGUAGCUUCUGAUGCUGUAAAUUGCCCAAAUACGAGUUAUUAUGUGCAAGUUCAGUGAAACAAUUCUAGCAUCUUACUGCAGCCAUGCAGGUCGUAUUAUUUGUCAUUAUGUGUCAACGCACAGGCAAAUAUGAUAUCUUAGAUUUACUGUUGAAAGAAAAAAAUUUAGAAAUGUAUCAGUUCAACUGUUUUUGAUUAGAUUGUGAUGUUCUCUGGAUUACUAUAGGCUACAUAUAAAAUUAUGAAAUUAUUCGGUUGAUAUUAAUUAGCCGUUCCGUGUCGACAUUACACAACACUGUUAAAGACCCGAGUUAUUCUUAUAUUUAGCAUCUGUUUUGAGGAUUCCAGGAAAUGAGGAGUGCCAGCAGUUUUAGGAUGUCUGAAUGUUGUGCAGGAAUCACACAGCUGAUGUAUUGUGAUGUCUUUUAAUGUGUUACUUUUCUUCUAUUUUAUGGCUCUGAUAAUACCUUUGUGUCAUCCGUCUUUCUUCUGUGGUGUCAUGUAUAUUACAUAAAAAGUUCUAUUAAAACUGG